UGCUGCAGGUACUAUAAACGUGUAUUUGGAGAGUUCUUUGUGACAACUGACUCAAAUGCUGAAAAGAACUCAUCUGUUAUUGUUCAUGCAUCUGAAUACCAUCGAUUUGGUUGGUUGCUUUUCUUAGCUCUUCGUGUACAUGCUUUCAGCCGCUUCAAAGACUUGGUGACUUGCACCAAUGGUCUAAUUUCAAUCUUGGCCAUCUUAAUUAUUCAUGUUCCUACUCGAUUUCGGAAUUUCAACAUUCAUGACUCAUCACGCUUUGUUAAGAAAAAUAACAAAGGUGUGGACCUCCUUGCUUCACUUUGCAACAUAUACAACACUACUGAAGAUGAGUUGAGGAAAACAAUGGAGAAAGCCAAUAAUGUAAUAGCAGAUAUAUUGAAGAAGAAGCCCUGCUUGGCAUCAGAAUGCGAAACUGAAAACCUAGAAAAUGUUGAUAAAGAUUGUUUGACCUAUUUUAAAGAUUUAAUGGAAGAAUCGUCUCUACCUUCAAGUUUAUAUUUAUUAGAAAAGGAUUAUGAUUACAUGUUUCGCCACAAGAGUGAACUGGAUGAGAGGUUAUUCAUUAAUGAUGAUGACAGCCUAUUAGCUUCUGGAAGUUUGUCUGGAGGUUCUGCUUCAGCAGGUGGUGUAAAGAGGAAAUUUGAUUCACUGGCAUCACCUUCUAAGACCAUUACAAGUCCACUCUCACCUCAUCGCUCUCCAUCUUCACAUGCCAAUGGCAUCCCUGGUAGCGCAAACUCAAAGAUGGCAGCCACCCCUGUAAGCACAGCAAUGACUACAGCAAAGUGGCUUCGAACUGUCAUUUCUCCACUUGCACCAAAGCCCUCGCAAGAGCUGGAAAGAUUUCUGACAUCAUGUGAUAGGGAUGUUACAAGCGAUGUAGUGCGCAGAGCACAGAUUAUAUUGCAGGCUACUUUUCCUAGUAGUCCACUUGGAGAACUAUGUGUAACUGGAAGCCUGCAAAGUGCAAACCUCAUGGACAAUAUAUGGGCAGAACAACGAAGAUUGGAAGCUCUGAAGUUAUACUACAGGGUCUUGGAGGCAAUGUGCAGAGCUGAAGCUCAAGUUUUUCAUGCAACUAAUUUGACCUCUCUUCUUACGAAUGAGAGGUUCCAUCGGUGUAUGCUUGCAUGCUCUGCAGAAUUAGUCCUGGCAACUCAUAAGACUGUAACAAUGUUGUUCCCUGCAGUACUUGAGAGGACUGGAAUUACGGCCUUUGAUCUUAGCAAGGUGAUUGAAAGUUUCAUUAGACAUGAAGAAUCUCUGCCAAGAGAAUUGAGGCGACAUCUGAAUUCAUUGGAAGAACGACUUUUGGAGAGCAUGGUAUGGGAAAAGGGUUCUUCAAUGUAUAAUUCUUUGGCAGUUGCCAGACCUGCCCUUUCUGCAGAGAUUAACCGCCUGGGACUGUUAGCUGAACCAAUGCCAUCAUUGGAUGAAAUUGCAAUGCAAAUUAACUUCUCUUGUGGAGGGCUGCCACCAGUGCCUACCUUGCCCAAGCUUGAAAGUUCACCAAUUCAGAAUGGGGAUAUCAGAUCACCAAAGCGAAAUGUGUUGAUGGAAAGAAAUUCGUUCACUUCUCCUGUGAAAGAUCGGCUUCUUCCCUUCAGCAAUCUUAAGUCAAAACUACCCCCACCUCCUUUUCAGUCUGCUUUUUCCAGCCCAACAAAGCCAAAUCCAGCAGGUGGAGGGGAAACAUGUGCAGAAACUGGUAUUAACAUCUUUUUCGGCAAGAUCAUUAAGUUGGGAGCAGUCAGAAUUAGUGGCAUGGUUGAAAGACUGCAAUUAUCUCAACAAAUAAGGGAGAAUGUAUACUGCCUUUUCAAGCGGAUCCUACAUCAAAGGACAUCUCUCUUCUUCAACCAUCAUAUUGACCAAAUAAUCUUGUGUUGUUUCUAUGGAGUUGCGAAGAUUUCACAAUUAAACCUAACUUUUAGAGAGAUAGUAUACAACUACAGAAAUCAACCACAUUGCAAACCACAAGUUUUCCGCAGUGUAUUUGUUGAUUGGUCAUUAGUACGCCGAAAUGGGAGAACAGGACAGGAGCAUGUUGACAUCAUCACCUUUUACAAUGAAAUAUUUAUUCCCUCAGUAAAGCCUCUAUUGGUUGAACUUGACCCUUCUGGAGCAACUACAAAAAGUGACCGAAUGCCUGAAUUUGAUAAUAAAAGUGAUGGCCAUUUAGCUCAAUGUCCAGGAUCUCCUAAAGUAUCAUCUUUCCCUACCCUUCCCGAUAUGUCUCCAAAAAAAGUAUCCGCUACACACAAUGUAUAUGUCUCUCCGUUACGAUCGUCCAAGAUGGAUGCUCUAAUAUCACACAGCUCAAAAAGCUAUUAUGCUUGUGUUGGGGAGAGCACUCAUGCUUAUCAGAGCCCUUCAAAAGACCUGACCGCCAUCAAUAACCGUUUGAAUGGCAACAGGAAGGUGAGAGGACCCCUGAAUUUUGAUGAUGUUGAUGUGGGCUUGGUUAGUGAUUCUAUGGUUGCAAACAGCCUCUAUCUGCAGAAUGGAAGUUGUGCAUCAUCAUCAGGUGCACCAGUGAAAUCAGAGCAACCUGACUCUUGAAGCUCCAUGUUGUGUAUAUUCUGCUUGUCUCCUCUCUCGAGUCCAUAUAAUAUUAGCAGCUUUUAUGAGAAGGGGUAAUGAAUGAGCGAUGAGAUUGUAGAAUGCCGCCACAGCCCUCUUGUACUUUGUGUAUGUUAGGAAUUAAAUGCAGAAUGUAGGUCUCUGAUUAUCUAAUCAAUAAUAGCUUCCUUUCCUAGUUCAA